CCCCUGCGCAUGGGCCACCAGAGAACAUCUGACGAUCCGGGCAACCGCCGAGGAGCUUAACGGUCAGCUUUGUGACGGAUUACACGACCUUCUCUCACCUACUCAUCUUUUUUUGCAUUCACUCCCUUCGCUCUCUUUUUAGUAAUAAUACCUGCCCGUUAACUCGUGGUGUUGGCGAGUUUGUGGCAACGCACUCCUUGAAAACAUUGGUUUCGCGGACCGGAAAACGGACCACCAUGGCGCGACGACACCACCUCACGCUCACCCUAAUGGCUGUGAUGAUCUUUCUGGGCUUGACGUACAUCAUGUCCAGCGGCAGCGCAAUUAGCGACCGCUACCCCGCGGGAAUGCCCAGCGGCAAGUGGAGCAACCCAGAGCAGGGGAGUCGUACUGGAAGCGCGAAAGGCAGCGACAGCGACAGCAACCCAGCGCUCGGCCUCUCGGAGAGCAUCCUCCAAGGCGGAUCAAUCGCGCCGAAGCUGGAGAAUGCGACAGCAAAAGCCGAACUGGGCCGCGCCUCAUGGAAGCUCUUCCACACCAUGAUGGCGCGCUUCCCCGAGCAGCCGACGCCCGAGGACAGCCUCGCGCUCAAGACGUACAUCCAGCUGUUCGCGCGGCUCUACCCGUGCGGCGACUGCGCCUCGCACUUCCAGAAGCUGCUCAAGAAGUUCCCGCCGCAGACAAGCAGCCGCAACGCGGCCGCCGGCUGGGCCUGCUUCGUGCACAACGAGGUCAACAAGCGGCUCAAGAAGGAGCAGUUCGACUGCAACAAGAUCGGGGACUUCUACGACUGCGGCUGUGGCGACGAGGACGGGAAGAAGAAGAAGGAGGGGGAGAGUGCCGACUUGAAGGAGAGGGAUGGCGUUACGGUGGAGAAGCAAGAGGGGCUGACGAGGGGUGGGUGAGGAAAGCAUUGGGUUAGGCGUUCCUGGCGUUUUUGGGUAUGUGGGCUCGAAAUAUUGCAUUUAUAUGUGCCGGCUGAACUUGCGGUGGCAUUUGGGUGGUUUGGCGACUCGACGCCACGAAGACGGAUGUCUUUGAAGAGCAAGCAUUCGGUCUGGGUACCGCACUACGGCUUGCAAGAUCUACAAGAGCUCCGUCGAGUUGCUCGACAGGGGACGAUUGGGAAAGCGCCACUGAGAUCCCGGGAAGCAGACAGCCGGGAGUGCUAAGUCCGAGCAAUUCCUCGGCGGUUCAAGCCAUUCAAAAUCCAUAAUACAUAUAGUAAACCGAAUGAAGUCAUUGCUUUGUCUCACCUCGCUGUCUCCCCAGAGUCGCAGAGUCGAGCGCCGCCCAUUUGAGUUCUCU